AUGAACUGGUCACUGCUCCCCCUCUUUCCCCUUCUUGCUACCCUCUCCAGCGCGGCGCCCUCAGCUCCGGGAUGGUCGUUCAAUCUCAAACAGACAACAUCCGGGAUCGUCGCUCUCGAGUCCAUCGUUGUUUCGCCCACUCUUGUCCUGUGGUUUGACCGCGCUUCCAAUGAUCCGCUGCAGAUCAACAACCACUCGGCAUGGGGUGCGCUCUGGAACCUCGAGACAGACACCGUCACCCCGCUGGAUCUGAUCACCAACUCGUUCUGUGCGAGUGGCGCUCUACUCAGUAACGGUACCUUGGUGAGCAUCGGUGGCGAUCCGAACGGAUUUCCGGGAAACCCUGGAAUCCAACCUGGACAACAAGCAAUCCGUAUCUUCGAGCCCUGUGCCUCCCCGACUGGGGAGGGCUGUACCGUAUUCGAGGACCCUGCCAACCUCCAUCUCCUUGAGAAGCGCUGGUAUCCAUCCACCGCUCGCAUUUUCGACGGUAGCCUCUUGAUUGUUGGCGGAAUGCACGAAGACGCGGCAUUCUAUAACAUCGACCCGGCGCUCAGCUUCGAGUUCUUCCCACCGAAGGAGAGUACUCCCCGACCCUCCGAGUUCUUGAAGCGGAGUCUUCCCGCUAACCUGUUCCCACGAGUCCUGGCCCUGCCCGAUGGCACGGUCUUCAUGGUUGCCAACAACCAGUCGAUCAUCUACGACGUCGAGGCGAACACGGAGACCAUCCUUCCGGACAUUCCGAACAAUGUCCGCGUCACCAACCCCAUAGACGGCUCUGCGAUCCUCCUCCCGCUCUCUCCUCCUGAUUUCGUCCCGGAAGUCCUCGUUUGUGGCGGUACCGCGGUGGAUCCCUCUAUUCAACCUGCGAACCUCUCUUCGCAAUUCCCUGCUACCUCUCAAUGCUCUCGUAUCACGCUCACUCCUGAGGGCAUCGCGAAGGGUUGGGAGGUUGAGCACAUGCUCGAGGGGCGCACCAUGCCUGAGCUAGUCCAUCUCCCCAACGGACAGGUCCUCAUCGCUAACGGCGCCCGCACUGGCUUCGCAGCCUUGGCCCAGGUCCCCGAUGCCAUCGGCAGCUCGAACGCUGACCACGCCGUUCUGACACCCUCCCUGUACACGCCCGACUUGCCCCUCGGCCAACGCAUCAGCAACAAGGGCUUGCCGACCUCUGACAUCGCGCGUGUGUACCACUCCAGUAUCACGCUCACGCCUCAGGGGAACUUCCUCAUCGCUGGCAGUAACCCGAACGGCAACUUUACGACUGGCCCAGGCCUCAAAUUCCCAAGCGAGCUUCGCGUGCAGACCCUCGACCCUCCGUUCAUGGUCGUCGACCGCCCGAAAAUCCUCAGCGCGCCUGCGAAGAUCCCAUUCAACAGCAGCGUUACCGUCCCCGUGUCGAUCCCAGCUUCGCUGCGCAACUCGAAGGCCAAGGUCCAGAUUUCUCUGAUGGACCUCGGGUUUUCCAGCCACGCUUUCCACUCCAGUGCUCGGCUCGUUUUCAUGGAAGGCACAAUCGCUCCUGACGGCCAGUCGCUCACAUUCGUAACGCCCCCGAAUGGUCGCGUCUACCCACCUGGUCCUGCGACGAUCUUCCUUACGAUCAACGACGUUUGGAGUGAGGGUGCAUGGGUCAUUGUAGGCAGCGGUAACUCUCCGCCAACUCUCGAGUGAAGAAUACGACGGAGCGAGUCUAGAAUGCUGGUGAUGAGACGAGUUUCCUGGAGACCACGAGUUACCUUGUUUUAGUGCCUCUUCUUCAACUGUCAUGCCAUAUUUAGGUGCUCGUUCGGUUCCGGCCUGCGGUGAAUCGUACCACUAGCCUCACGUCCGUUUUGGGGCUAAACCGUCCAAAUCCCCCCCACAUGUGCGCACGUGCGUGUCGCAUCACGAUAUGAUUUGUGAUCUGAGAUCCAUGAAAAUCGUGGUCUCGACUCAGUCCGCCCUCUUGACCCCGAACGAUCCCCACCUUCUCCGGCGUCACUGCUGCCCCCUUACUUUACG